ACCUGUGGACCCGCUGCACUGAACCGUCUCUCUGUCACUAUCACUAUUUAAUAAUCAGACACCGCUUUUCUCCAAGUGAGCCUCUCUCUCAUUCCCUCUCUCUUCCUCCUCUCGGAUCCUGGUGUUUUAUUCCUCUUUUUAUUCCCACAUCUUCCCUCCUGGUCACUUCUUCUUCUUCUUCUUUUUGGAUUCCGGCUGGAUUUACCCAGGGCGUGUUUGGGGCAGAUCUGUACCGGGGAGUUCCAUCUCUCUCCCACUCUGAGGAAUGUGACAGCGACCUGAAUGGACACGAUGGAUUAUAAGGAGCUGGGAAAUAAACUGGAGGAGAAGCUGACACUAACAGACAAAUCUCUGCCCCUGCAGACCGACCCUCAGUCCAUCCAGAGCGGAGACAAGUCUCUGGUGAAAGACCUCCUGACCCCGGACGACUCGGCCUUCACAGACCUCUCCCCUAAAUCAGAGUCCAGCCCCCAGACCGAGACCCCGAGCAGGACGGAUGUGUCCUCCUCCAAGACGGAUGUCCGGCCCUCCACGCCGGGCAGCAGCGGCAGCCCGCAGCCCAAGAAAGAUUCCGUGAGCUCAGAGCAGCGACAGAAGCUCGCCAAGGAGCGGCGGGAGGAGAGGGCUCGAUAUAUCGAACAGCAAACUCAGCUGCAAGCGGCGAAGAAAACCCAGUGGCUGGAGAAGGAGGAGAAGGCUCGGCGUCUGAGGGAGAACCAGCUGGAGGAGCGCAGGAGGAAGCUGGAGGAGCAGCGGCUGAAGACCGAGAAGCGUCGAGCCCUGCUGGAGGAGAAACAGAGACAGAAGCUCGAGAAGAACAAGCAGAGAUACGAGUCGGCCAUCAAGAGGUCCACGAAGAAGACGUGGGCCGAGAUCCGCCAGCAGAGGUGGUCCUGGGCCGGCGGACUCAACCAGACCUCCCGCAGAGAAAGCAGAUGCUCGGCCUCCACGGUCAACUUGCCGAGACAGGUGGACCCUGUCAUUAACAACAGGCUGUCCAAGUCCUCGGCCACGCUCUGGAACUCCCCCAACAGAACCCGCAGUCUGCGUCUCAGCCCGUGGGAGAGCCGGAUCGUGGAGAGGCUCAUGACGCCGACGCUGUCCUUCCUGGCUCGCAGCCGCAGCGCCGCCACCCUCCUCAACACCAGCGACUCCCGUGAGUACUCUCACCACUGCUCCCGUUCAGCCUCUGCCAACCCGCUGAACGCCAGCUCCCAUCACCACCAGCACCAGAACUCCGCCGAGCGCUGGAGGGUCUCGUCCGCCAGCACGCCGGACAUCACGCUGCGCCAACGCCGACGGAACUCCACGCCGCUGGACAAGAAGAAGAAAGAGAAGAAAGACAAAGAGAGGGAGAACUCGCUCACAAAAGACAAAGUGCAGAAGAAGAGACAGACAACGUCUCCUGCCGCCACGACCACAAGAUCCAGGCCGGAGACCAGCACCCAGAAGCUGAAAAACAGACCCCCGUCGCCGGCCGCCCCCAAAAGUCGGCCCCUGUCGCCUCUAGUGCCAGCAGCAGCAUCGGCAGCACCGGCCUCCAAGACUCCCACGGGUAAGAAGACACCUUCUGGCACCAAGACCCGACCUAAACGGGCCCAGACGCCCGCCAGGGUUCAGCCGCAGGCGGUCACAGCGGUCGCGGUGGAAACCGGCCACGAGCCCCAGCAGCCCGACCCCGCCGAGGAGAAGAAAGAUACCAGUGACGUUCCUGCCAUCGUGGGGUCCUCAGCUCGGCUUUCACCUACUUCCCUCAGCCCACCGUCGGCUUCCCCUGCUGCAGUGCCAAGUGUAGAGCCGACUGCCUCAGCUGUGUCUCCUGCAGAAGACUCCAUCAGUAAUCCCACUCCCUCUGCUGCACCCACCGCCGCUGCCAGUACCAAAACCCCCACCUCUACCACAGCCACCGCCGCUGCCAGAACCCCCACCCCCACCUCCACCACAGCCACCGCCGCUGCCAGAACCCCCACCCCCACCUCCACCACAGCCACCGCGGCUGCCAGGACCCCCAGCCCCAACCCCACCAAAGCCACUCCCGCUGCCAGUACCCCCACCUCCACCACAGCCACCGUGGCUGCCAGGACCCCCACCCCCACAACUGCCACUGCCGCUGCCUCCAGCCCAGCUGCCCCGGCCAACAAGCCGUCAGCGGGCACCAACAACCAGGAGGAGGCCGCUCGGGCCCUGGCAGAGAAACGCAGACAAGCCCGAGAGCAGCGGGAGAGGGAGGAGCAGGAGCGUCUGGAGCAGGAGCAGAAGAACAGGAUCCUGCGGGAGGAGGCGAUGGCCCGGGAGGUGGAGGAGCGGAAGCGCAGGGAGGAGGAGGCUCAGUUCAUGGCCGAGCAGCAGCGUCUGAGAGACGCUCAGGAAGAGAAGGAGGAGCAGGAGAAAGCUAAAGCCGAGCAGGAGGAGAACGAGAGGGCGCAGAAACAGAGGGAGGAGGCUGAGUCAAAGGCCCGUGAGGAAAACGAGCGUCAGCGCAUCGAACGGGAGAAACACUUCCACAAAGAAGAGCAGGAGCGACUGGAGAGGAAGAAGCGCCUUGAGGAGAUCAUGAAGAGGACUCGGAAGAGUGACGCAGGAGAGAAGAAGGACGUCAAAGCUUCUCCACAGGUCAACGGCAAAGACACAGAGCUCAACAAAGCUCCUGGAAACCUGCAGAGCCCCGGUGGAGUCGUGAAUGGCGUCCAGGCAACCGCUCACCAGAACGGCGUCUCGGCCAACGGGGAGCAGGCGGACUUCGAGGAGAUCAUCAAGCUGAAGAACGGCAGUAACCCCGGUCAACAGCAGAGCGAGCCCAUCCUGGCGUUCGAAGGAGGAGAGCCCUUCCUGAUGAAGACGAGCCCGAUGAAGCCUCAACAUGUUGCAGAGGUCCUGUGAGUCCACGCACAUCCGAUGGAGACGCGCCUUAUGUCUCCGCUUGAGCUACGAGAUUUCAUGCCUCACCACAGCGGCUUACAAACUGAGUGUGCCAAACAAACUGCGCUGAAUCCACAUCGACGGUAUCUGCCGCAGAGGAUAACGAGGAGGAGAUGAACUCUGCCCUGGAAGAAGAAAGUACUCAUCCGAAAUAUAUAUAUAUAAAUAUAUAUAUAAAUAUAUAAAUAAAAAAAAACUACAAGUAUUCUCUGUCUUCACCGCGUGUUCUGGUGCAGCAUUCGUCAGGUUUUAAUGAAACGUCACAAGCAGAUUUUACAGUGCACCUUAAAGAUGACUGACUGUGCAACAAAUUUGAGAAAAUACAGCGUCAGACCCUGGAAAUACAUACUAUUCAACAGUGGCUGUUACUAUUACUGUCGUUCUGAUAUUGUUGUUGUUAUAUCUUACGUUGAACAAUGUGUGCGUGAGUGUGUUUGUUGUUUUUGUCUUGAAUUUCUGAGUUAUUUAACAUGGGGAGCAUCGUAAGGACUGGCCACAGACAGUGGAUGUAAAUGUGUAAUGAGCCCGGCUGCCUCGGCCUCCUGCUGCAGGAGAUCUGUGAAAUAAAGCUUUAUGAAAGGGA